GAAUGCCUUGAUGCGAUACAAAUCAGAGCUUAUUUAUGCAAAGAGAAAGAUAAACAAAUCAUUUUUAUAAACUAUUGACAGUUUUAAUGGUGUUAUGAUACAGUUGUGCAUGUUUAAUUUUAUCAAUUAAUCUAGGAAGAAAAAAUUCUGUGUACAUUGUGCAGUGUGUGUAAGUGUUAUAAAGGAAGGGAGCAGCUCAUGCAGAAGGAAGAACGAAAAUAUUCGAGCAAAAAAUGGCAGAGGAGACAUUUAAAUUGAUUUUAGCCGCCGAAACACCGGACAAUUUUCGCAAAUGGUUUAUGGAUCUAUUCCAGAAUGAAGAGGAGACAAAAUGCAGCAUUGAAGAAUUUGCCGUGUAUUUCCUGAAUUUCAUUCGCAAUCAAACUGAAGAAUACAAUAAAAACUGUUCAUCAUCAUGCAAUACACCGAGAAAAUUGAAAGGUCAUACAACUGAACAGCAACGAGCAAUCAGUGCAAAACAAUUUAGCUCAAGCGCGAGCAAUUCAACACAACUAAAAUCGAUUGGCGCGAACAAUGCAGAUGAUGAUGGUGGCGGCGGUGGUAAAAACAUUUCGCGUGAUUUAUUCUCUUCAACUCGUGAUUCGGCAGCAAAUGAAUCAACAAAAAUGCCAACAACACCAGCAACCCGAUCGAUAAAAUUGAAAUCGUCACAAAAACCGUUCAAUGAUCCAAUACAAUCAUCGCAACAAAUAAAUGAAGGGUUCGAUUCGAUGAAAAGUCCAUUGUACAGUGAUUUUACAGAAGAUUUAAAAACAACAUUGACACCAAUUGCUGUACAUCGUUUGAAUAGUCCCGGUUCGCAUGCAUUUAGUACACCAGCAAAAAACAAUCAGUCAUCAUUUUCAACGAGCACACCAACAUCAUUCGGUAAACAAAAUUUGUCACAGCAACAUCACCAUCAUCAUCAUCAUCAUCAAACGAGUCACAAUCGAAGCGGUGGGAAUAGUCAAAGUCGUAACACAACAACAUCGUAUAAUUCGCGACAGUUAUCUUCGAACGAUUCAAAAUCGUUUGACGAUAGCAGCACAUGUUUUGACACAUCCACUGGAAUAAAACAUUCAUAUGAAAAGUCUAAAGAUAGACGCAGUGUAAACACAUCGAGUAUUUGUUUAGGCGACUAUCUAACACAGCUAACGCCAAAACAAAAUUCGAACAAAGCACGAAAAUCUCUUAAUUCAACGGAGCGUUCACAAACAGCGGCAGUUACGAUGGCGGUGGCGGCAACGAAACCGAUGAGCAGCAACAACAACACAUCGCACGAAAAAGAUUUUCCAAGUUUUACGCCAAAAGGAAAAGUGAAUCGAAUUUCUUUGACCCCGACAUCAACAUCACAGCCAUCACAUGGUAUGGCAAUCAUGCAAACAACGCCCAAAUCAAAUCAAACCGUCAAACCGACAAGGCGUGUGGUACCAACACGAAUCGGCGCCACCAACAAUGAAUUCAAUUGUCCGGCCUUUCGUAGCGAUAAUAAUAUACUUGAAUUGCCACAUGAAGUGAAUGCCGAUAGCACGCGCGAUUUUCUUAAAUCACAAAAGGACAUAAUACGUCGUGUAUUUCAAGAAGAACAACAACCAUCCGAAACCAAUUUACGUGUACUUUUACAAGAGAAACUUAAUCUGAGCGCCAAAAAAUCGGCAAUACAAAAAAAUUGCCCACCAAUUGACUUGCAGAAAAUCACAAAUAAGCCAAUGCUUGAUAAAUUUAUUGAUAUUUAUUCGAUUGUGCUUGACUUAAAUCUUGUAACGAAUGUUCUGACUGAAGUUGCGUAUUUGGUGAAUUUAAUCAAUCUCGAUAUAGACGAAUAUUACGAACGUAAUCCGCAUAUGCUGGAUAGUAACAGCAUUAACGACCGAACUAAUGCGAUUGAGUCAACAUUGAGUAAAAUUGAUGCCGUCGGUGGUGAGCUAACAAAACAAAGCAAUAUCGAAGAGAAUACGGUGGUAGAGCUGAAACAACAGCAAUUACCAACAAUGUCACAACAACAAGAGAAGACAACACUGAAUAGCAGCAAUGAUGUUAUGUUGAAUAAACUCAACACCUGUGACACAACCAUUGCCACUGGCACAACAAAUAUCGACUAUGUACAUGCCGCCAUUUUGCUACUGAAGAAUAUCAAUAAUUGCGUUUAUUUCGGUAUGGGCGUUCUACAAUUACAGAAAAAUAUCCUUCGUAUGCUUGAUGUGACAUCAAUAAAAGUGCUACUCGAAAAUGAACGCCUAACAACAUUGGAUUUGACAAUAAAGGAUGAUCUAAUGAGUGUAUACACACAUAAAAUGCAAUUGGAACGACUGUUACGCACUCAUGAUACGUUGAACAGUAGCAUGGCAUUGCUUGGCCCGAAUAACAGCAUGAAAGUGUUUUAUCAGCAAGAGCAGGACACACAAAUGAACUUUCCGUCGGCACGAGAAUCGGCAGCAUUCAAAAAACAACGUGAUCAUUUCUAUAGCAUUUUUGAAACAUGGGAAUCAAAGCAUCUAAAUCCGGCAUGGGAUUUUGAGACUGAACUCGGACGGAAAGUGAGAUCGAUGCUUAACGAAAUGGAUCAUCCGAUAAAUAUGGCACACAUGGCAAAACUAUUUACAGCACAAUUGAUUUUAUCGUGUAAUUUCAACGAGGCCAUUCAAUCUGAUUUACCGAAUAUUGAUCCGGGCAAAUUGAAUAAAUUACGUCAACGUUUGGUUGCGCCCAGCUAUUUCAGUACAAAUUUCCAAUUUCCGGGAUUUCAAAUGUUUUUCAAGGAUUUCAUAAUUGCUGCCGAACAUCAAACGACAUUUAUCGAACAAUUGAAAAUCGUUUUGACCAAUCAACUGAUUGAAAUCAACGAUUCAUCAUAUGAAACAUUGAAUUUGUCAACGAGCGAUGAGGAGGAUGAACAUGAAAAUCGACACGAAUACAUUGUGAAAUCGGAAACAUUGUCCACAUUGAGUGUGUUGGCCAAAUUUUUGGGCUUCAUCGUUGCACGACCAUUCAUUUAUGAGUUUGGUAUGAAUACAACGGUUGACAGUCGUCAAAUUGAACUUCGAAAUAAGAUACGUACAAUGAUUGACAUCAAGGAGAUACUGAAAAAGUCCAUCAUCAAUCACAAAAUAAUCGUGACAUUGCCAUGGGUCGUUCAAUUUAUUUCGAUGCUAGAUCCGGUUAGCCUACGGUCCGACUAUUAUCGUGAUGUAUUUAAUAUUUUCUACGAGUUGUACGUGAUGACAGCCGAAUUUGAAAAUAGUACAGUGCUAUCAAUGCGACAAACAUCGGUAUUUAUAAUUCGAUGUUGUAUUGGUUGGCUAUUUGAUCAAUCGAAUAUGCCCAACGAAUACUAUUCUUAUCGUCAAUAUCGUAAACAACGAAAAGCAAUAAUAGAAGCACAGCACCCAUCAAUUGCAGCAACCGAAUUAACGGCUGUCGAAGUUUUCGUACCAAAAGAUUUGGCCGCAUUUUUUACCGGAAAACAUCAAAUCUUCUUCAAACCAAAUGAUACAAAUACAAACAAUGUAACGGGAACAUUUCACAAAUUCAAUAUUGGUGUAAAUGUUUUGUUGGAUGAUUUACAAUUGCAAACAGCAUUAAUGAGCGUUCGUACCGAGCCGAAAAAUAUUGACGAAAUGCCAAAAUUCGAUCCAAUGCUUGAAACCAUUUUACAAGCGGCCUGCCCAUUUUUGGCCGAUUUUCGUGUGUCAAUUAUGCCACGACGAACGGCAGCAAAAACAGUUUCACGCACCGGUCGCUAUCGUCACAUAACACCGAAAAUUUGUGAAGCACCAUCAGCCAAUGCUAACAAAGCACCGCAAACUCCGCAAACCGAUGAAGAUGAUGCACAAGCUAAGUUGAUCGAAGCAUUUUUACACUCGCAAACAAAUUCGGUGCGACGUACCGUUGAUGUGGUACAAGAUCGCGUACAAUCGGCUGUCAUAAAAGAUUUUCAAGUUGAAAUACUCAUACCGUUGAAGAAGAAAGUCGUUGAAGCGGUCGAUAAAAUUCAGUUAAAAGAUUCGAUUUCGAUUCAAAAUGAAGUGUAUCGCAUCUAUUCGAAUGGUGAAAAAGAACUUUUACAAAAAUGGCAAGAUUUUGUAAUGCCAGCCGCACUGCAACGAGUCAAGAUAGCAUUUGAUGCGUUGCUACCACAUGAAACGGUUGAUGCGUCCAAAUUAACUUGUAUCAAUAUUGCUGUUCAAAAAGCAGUGGCCACAAUGAAUGAAUGGCGUUCGAAAAAUCUAAAAGGCAUCGAAAUAUUCUCCAAGGAUAUUCAAGCCGAUGUGGAAAAGGUCCUGAAAAAUACGCUAUUGAAUUUACCACAAAUGGAAAACACGUUCGAUAUUGAUUUGACAAAACUGCCACCAUGGAAGACGUUCGAUGCACUGCAAUAUAAAUUGCAUCAGCUUUCAAUGUGUCCGGACGAAAUUCACAUCGAUGAUGUUAAUAAAAUUUGUACGGAAAUCAGAAAGUGCAUUACUGAGCACGUGUUACCAGAUCCAAUGUACAGAACCAUUGGCAUUAUGACGGUUCAUCUUGUACUUUUAUUGAUUUGUAAUCGUCAUGAUGUGGUCACGAAGCACAUUAUCGAUGAAUUCAUCAGUCUAUGGCUAUGUAAACAGUUUGCGGUAUUUGUUCAUCCACCACCACCAUCACCACCAACGACAGCAACGGAGACAAGUGACUUAGAUCGGCAAGACGACGACACCGAUUUGGAGGACCAAUUGAAAAAAUCAAAACCUCUCGAUACAAAUUACCUUUUCUCAAUGAUUCUAUCGCCUCUGUAUGUAUUUACACAACAAAAUCAACCGACAAUCAGCUUCGAUAAAAUGGCUCAAUUGAUGAUCAAACUCAUAAAAAACGGACUAAUGAGCAUAGCAUAUCUUAACGAACAAUGCACGAAAUUGAUGCGUAUCGACUGGAAUCAGACAACGUUGAAAGCAAUCGCCAGAAUCAUUCAGAGCAUUUGUGACGAUUGCAGAGAUACAAUCAUGGAAGAUAACGAAGAAAGAAAGUUCCUGGAAAUGCUACCCAAUCUAAUAUCCGGUUUAGAUGACAUGCCAAUCGAACCAUAGACUCUUUGACAUACGUACAACUAAAACGAUUCUCUUUUUUAUCAUUUUUCUUUACUUUUUUUUACGGAUAUCAAUUUGACCACAUUUAUUUCCUUUUAAUCAACGUUACUAUUCGAUUGAGAGAGAGAAAAAAAAGCAAUCGACUUAAAAUUAAGUAGUAAAUGAAACUCACAUUUUCAUUCGAUAAAUGGACAGCAUAAAAAGAAUGAACCAACCAUGCCAAUUUAUCCACUGUUACAUUGACAGUGGACAUAGUUUGUUCAUUAGUCA